AUGCGCGCGCCGCCCGCGCCGGACUGCGCCCCCACCGCCAUAGCUCGCCGCGCCCCUGCCUACUAUUGCUGGUCGCGCCUGCUCCUGCCCACGCACGCCCGCUGCACCCGUUGCCCCCCGCGCGCGCCCACACCUGCGCCGUCGCUGACCGCGACCCUGCCGCGCAUAGACCCCACCUCCCCCUGCAGCCGCAGCCUGCCUCGCCCCGGCUCGUCCGCGCGGCCCCGCUGCCGCUUGCACGCCGCCCGCCUCCGGCCCUGUCUCCCCGUGCCGGCCAUCCGCAACCGUCGCCUGCGCCCUUCCGCCGCCGUGCCCGGAGCUCAGCUCCUGCCCGCGCGCUCCACUUCUCUCCCUGUCUCGCCCCGCUCGCCUGCUCCGCGCGCCCGGCCCGCGCUGGCGCCGCCCUCCACCGGCGCCGCCCUCCGCCGGUGCCGCCGCACCGCCCACCACCGCUGCCGUUGUGGCCGGCGCCCACCGGCGCCGUCGCGCCCUUCUGGGCGGGCUCCCCGUCGCCCAGGAGGGUUUGCCCGCACCCGGCUCUGCUCCGCUAAAACUAGCGCCCGUUAG